AUGAAACAAAGAUCACUGCAGUGGGCAUCAAGUAAUUUAUUCAAACGAAAUAUUAAUUUUAUCAAGAAGCCGCUCUUGGGAAAGGAAGCAACAAGUCAAUCCAAAAUUCAAAGCACUAUUGCCAUCCACUCUGAUUUCUCAAUUCAUUCAUCCUUCUCAUUUCACACACAUUCUACUUUAUUUGCUUUCCCUUUGAAGGCAACCGCCAAUCCAAAUACAACUUCUACUCAACCCAAAGAGACUCAUCAGUUAGACGUACAACAUGGAGCAGAAAUUCAACAAAUUAUUACCGAACACUACAAUGCCCACACUCCUUUGUUUGUGUCAACAGGUAGAAAUAUCGAACAUGGUCCAUAUUUGGAUACCAAACAAUUGGAAUCAAAUUAUAUAACGGAAAGAAAACCAUUGAAAGGUUUCUCUGAAUAUUUGGCUUAUUCCAUUGUCAGAUGUAUUAAGGGUAUUAUUCAUGCGUUUUUUGGCAAGAAUUAUAUUCAUCAUGCUUUAUGCUUGGAGGCAAUUGCCAGCAUACCAGGAGUUGUUAUGGGAACCAUCAAACAUUAUGCCUUUAUUAUUAGAUUGAGGAGAACAGUCUCUGUUGAUUCCAGUGUUAUGUUUGAUGAAGCAGAAAACGAGAAUAUGCACCUAAUGAUUUGGACACAGAUAACAUCUCCAACAUUUGUGGAACAAGAAGCAAUUCAGUCCUAUACUCAAUUGUUGGAGGACAUUGAUUCAGAUAUUUCUCGCUAUUCCUCUAUUCACAUACCUGAAGUAGCCCUAAAAUAUUAUAAUUUAGAUCCAGUUAAAUCUGAAUUGAGAGAUUUAGUGUUGGCAAUUAGAGCCGAUGAAUGCCAUCAUAGAGAUUUCCAUCGAUUGAAGUCUUAUUGGAAAGAAGACUUGCAAAAGUUCUCCGUUUGA